GAAUCUACUCAAAAUGUUCGUUUUCAUUGAUCAAACGAGUAUGAUGGUCUAUAAACACAAGGUCACGUGACCGUACAAAGUCCACGGUUCCAGCAUGGCGGCAGCAAUGCAGAAAGCGUUUUCUUUGACGAAGUCUUGUGGCAGUUCUUGUGCUGUUCGUUGUCUUGGAACAUCAACAUCACAAUAUGCCACUGCAAAAGCAGGUGUCAGCAAGAAGACACUGGCCAAACCAGGGGUCCGAAACAUCGUGCUGGUGGAGGGGGUGAGGACUCCGUUUCUCAUGUCGGGGACAUCCUACAAGAACCUUAUGCCACACGACCUCGCUCGCACAGCACUCCAGGGUUUGCUGAGGAAGACAGGCAUCAGCAAUGAUAUGGUUGACUAUAUUGUCUAUGGAACUGUGAUCCAAGAGGUGAAGACCAGUAAUAUUGCACGUGAGGCAGCUCUGGGUGCCGGCUUCUCCAACAGGAUCCCCUCCCACACCGUCACCCAGGCCUGCAUCUCCUCCAACCAGGCCAUCACUACCGGCAUCGGGAUGAUCGCAUCCGGUGGUUGUGACUCCGUCGUGGCUGGCGGGGUGGAGUUUAUGUCCGACGUACCCAUAAGACACAGCCGCAAGAUGCGCAAGCUCAUGUUGUCUAUGAACAAGGCCAAGACUUUGCCAGCCCGACUACAGCUCGUCAGUCAGAUGCUGUCUGCAUCAGCCCUCACUCCAGAGUUGCCGGCAGUAGCAGAAUUCUCCACAGGGGAGACCAUGGGUCACUCGGCAGACAGACUGUGUGCAGCCUUCGGAAUCACCAGACAAGAACAGGAUGAGUUUGCUGUGAGGUCUCACACUUUAGCCAAGACUGCAAGUGACAAGGGUCUGCUUACUGACAAGCUGGCCUACAAGGUUCCAGGUGUUGCUGCUCCGGUAGACAAGGACAAUGGCAUCCGUCCGUCGUCCAUGCAGGCCAUGGGGAAACUCCGGGCCGCCUUCGUCAAGCCACAUGGCACGAUCACGGCCGCCAACGCUUCGUUUCUGACUGACGGAGCCUCUGCCUGUCUCAUCAUGUCCGAGGAGAAGGCCCUGGAGCUGGGCCUAAAGCCCAAGGCAUACCUCCGCGACUACCUGUAUGUGGCACAGGACCCCAAGGACCAACUGCUGCUGGGUCCAGCAUAUGCCACACCAAGAAUUGUGGAGAAGGCUGGCCUCGCCAUGUCUGACAUCAGUGUGUUCGAGUACCAUGAAGCAUUCGCAGGCCAGAUUAUGGCAAACCUCAAGGCUCUGGACUCGGACUUCUUCUGCAAGUCGUACAUGAACAGAUCAGCAAAGUAUGGAGCCCCGCCCAUGGAGAAGCUGAAUCUGUGGGGUGGUUCGCUGUCCCUGGGACAUCCGUUCGGAGCGACUGGGGUAAGGCUGGUCACAACAGCAGCCAAUCGUCUGGAGGCGGAGGACGGACAGUACGCAGUCGUUGCAGCAUGUGCAGCAGGAGGACUGGGUCACGCCAUGAUCGUUGAGAGAUACCCAAGUAAAUAAGGCAGCAGCAUGUUUCUGUACACACUACAGCUGGCCUAGCUAGCACACUUCAUCACACAUGACGUCAGUGACUGCAGCCCCUCCAUGGACUACUGCGGUGUACAUACUGUGAAUACAUGCUGUACAUAUAUACACGGCCCUCUGUACAACUGUGACCAUUGGAAGCUUGUUGACUUGGAUUUAUUUUGAUAUUGUCUGCUGAGUUGCAUGGAAAGUGCUACCAGAAGACCAUUAUGCUACACUGGAGACAUGCCAAGGGUGUGAUACUUCUGCUGCAGUCUUACAUAGUAACAGUUGUAAGGAAUGGGACGUCAAUAACUCGGUUAUCAGUUUACAUUAAAAAAUUGUUUCUGUUGGAGUGUGUUAUAUGGUAAUAAAGUAUUUAUGCCACGUU